AUGUUUGAUAUAAUGUUUAUUCUUUUUUAAAUUUAAUGGAAAAGAGUACCAUAGUAAUUAAAUUAAUUAUUGGAAAGUUCUCACGAUAUACUAAUAUAUGGUGUAUUCCUAUUUUUAAUUAGUUGUUACUUUGAAAUUUAAAAUAACAUGUUUAUGUUAGCGGAGCCGCGACAGAAACAAAAGUGGUCACUAAACCCUCGCGGAAAACAAUGGACCGAAGAUUCGAGUAAAUUUGGGCAGAGAAUGUUGGAAAAAAUGGGCUGGACAAGCGGCAAAGGACUCGGCGCAAAUGAACAGGGUAUAACGGAACACGUUCGUGUAUCUCUUAAAAAUGAUAUGGCAGGUAUUGGAUUUAAAAAAGAUAAAUUAAAUGAAGCAUGGACAGAGCAUCAAGAUAACUUUAAUGACAUUUUACAAAAGCUUCAACAAGAUGAAACUCUUAAUAUAGUGCAUACAGAUGAAAGUAAAGGUGCCUUGAGUGGAAAGUCACUAGAGUUAAAAUCUAAAGAAAGCCGUGUUCGUGUUCAUUAUAAAAAGUUUACAAGGGGGAAAGAUGUAAAUAAAUAUAGUUCAAAAGAUUUGGCAAAUAUAUUUGGCCAAAAAGAAUUAAAUAUAAAUAUAAGCAAUAAAGGUGAACAGAAUGAAAACGAGGAAAAUUUUAAACCAACUGAUAUUCAGGAUAACAGAGGUGGUGUUAUUACCAUAAAUAGUGGCAACAUGACUGAAUAUUUUAUGAAAAAAGAACAAGAUUUUUCUUCACAAUCUAGGAAUAAAAAUCAACAGGAAAAUAGUACAAGAAAUGAAUCUGAAUAUGUUGGAUUCGAAUUUACAUUAAUAUCUGGAAAAGUAAAUUUUGAUAAUAAUGAGGAGAGUAAGGAACCUGAAAGUGUUUGUAAUUAUGCUUUUGAAAAUCCUUGUGCAUAUUUAAAUAGUCCUGAAACUGUGUUAAAUUCUACUAGUAUAUCUCAAUCCUUUAAGAAGCAAAAAUUUGAUAACGGAUCAAGUUUAAGUAGUAAAGCUAAGAAACUUAAAGAAGAUAAUAUAAAUGAAAACAGAUAUGAAAACGGAAUUGUAAAUGCCGGAUUAAAUUUAGAAUGUCAAAUUGAUGAAGUCUGUAAUGGAAAAGAAUUUGAAGUAUCUAGAGUACAGUUUGGUCUUACAAAUACAGCGUUAGAUUUAAGUGAUGAACGAAAUGAUAAGAAAAGAGUAACAUUUAAUGAUCAUGUAGAAUAUAGUACUGAUUGUGUAAAAAAGAAAAGAAAUAAAAUUACAUUAGAUAAAUUUGAAGUUGAAAAUAAGAAAGCUAAAAAAAAGAAGAAACUUAAUGCUAAUGUUAAUAAUUCAAUAUCAUAUGGUUUUGUUAAUGAAGCUUUGAAUGUCGCAGAAACAUCUGAAGAAAUACAUGAUAAUGAAAUUAAUGAAUGUAAAACCAACAAAUCUAGAAAAAGAAGAAAAAGUUGGUCAAAUUUAGAAACUAUAAUAGAAACACCAGAGGAAGAAAAAGCAUGUGAAAAUGAAAGAGAAAUUAAACGUAUUAAAGUGGAAAAUAAUAUUUUUGAUGAUUUCAUGGUUCCAGAUAUUUCAAGUAAUAAGAAAAGAAAGAAAAAACACAAGGAUAAAAUAGAAAUUGUUACUGAAAAUAAAUGUGAUAAAGAAGAAAGAAAAGAAAUAAUUUCAGAAAUAAAUAGUAAGAAAGUCAAAUCUGAAAUUUGUGAAGACCAAGAGAGUAUUUCUAAAAGUAAAAAAAAGAAAAGAAAGGAUAAAAUCAAAGAUAUUGAACCAAACUUAAAAAAAGAUGAACAUGUCGUUUCUGGAAUAAAAGUUAUGGAAAAUUUGGAGGCAGAAAAGAUGAAAUCAGAAACUGUGAAAGUGGAAAACAAAAAAGUUAACAAAAACAACAAUGUAAAUGAUCUUAAGCCCGAAACAAUAAUUAUAAAAGAAGAAAAAGAGGUUUCUGAUAAAGAAAAUACAAAGAAUAAAGAUGAAAAUGAAACAAACAAUGUAGAAAAACCGAAACACAAAAAAUUAAUAAAUAAAUCUGUAAAUAUUUCCACACGCGUUAGAGUAUUCUCAAAACGAACAGAAAAACCAAGAAAUAAUUUAAUUACAAGUACAUAUCCAAACAGGUUUAAUAAUAUAACAUCUCAUACUACAUGGACUCAAAGAACUUGGGAUCAUAACACUAGAAUGCCAAAAAAAUUAUUAAUGUCUCUAUUUCAAAGUAACUCUGUUUUGGAUUUUCCAGGUUCUAACAUUCAUGAAAUAAAAGGAUAUGGCGCUGAUAUGUAG